AUGUCUGUAUUCAACUCUGAAGUGUUUCAGGGGAAAUUUUGGUCUUUCUUUAAAAGGAAUGAGAAUCCGGAAAAUGAGCUUAAAAAUCUCUCAAAAUACGAGAAAAUCCUAGAUUCGGAAAAACAAACACUAGAAGGAAACAUAAGACAAUCAUUAAAUAAAUCGGCUCUAAAGGCUUUUCAGUUCUCAGAAUCGUACGCUGAAUGCUACGAUCAGUGUGCCUCAAACGCACUAAGAACAACGCUCAAAAGCACAACCCUAGAGUCUUUACUACCAGACGAAGUUAAGUCCGGAACAUCUAAGGACCUUUUAACAGUUCAAGAUAACCCUGCGGAAAAAUCACUGAAGGAACUAGCAGGACAAGUGCUAGACCAAAACCUGUUCGAGCCUCCAAAGCCUAACCCAGAGUUCUUUGUUAAGCAGAAGUUGGAUAAACCAUUGAGAGAAACUGUUCGAGAUUCCGAACUCAAAUGUGAAACACACUGCGCAAAAAAGUUUUACAACACUUUUUUUGAAUAA